AUGCUAUUCUUCAACCAUUCCAGCUGCCUGACCUUUACUUUGAUGGGCAUCCCUGGCUUAGAGUCACAGCACUUGUGGCUAGCUCUUCCUUUCUCCUUCAUGUUUUUGGCUAUUCUCAUUGGCAAUGGUGCAAUCCUCUUACUGGUGGCCACAGAACCCACACUUCAUACACCAAUGUACCUGCUCCUGGCCCUGCUGAUGGUAGCUGACCUCAUAUCUACUCUGGCUCUGAUGCCCAAGCUCCUCUGCCUCUUCUGGUUCAAUGAUCAUGACAUAACUUCCAAUGCCUGUUUCACCCAGAUGUUUUUCAUCCAUGGAGCAUCCGUGGUACGAUCAGCCCUACUUGUUGCAAUGGCCUUUGACCGCUUCGUGGCUGUGUGUGAGCCAUUACACUACAACACAAUUCUGAGCCGCACCUUAGUUGGACGCCUGGGACUCAUAGCUCUAGCUAAGGGUGUGAUUAUUGUCUUUCCCAUGCCUCUUCUACUUCAAAGGUUGACCUUCUGCCACAUGAUCAUUCCUCACACCUACUGUGACCACAUGGCUGUGGUAAAAAUGGCCUGUGACCACACCAGACCUAAUCGUAUCUAUGGGCUCUUUGUGAUUCUGCUUGUGGUGGGACUUGAUUUGCUGCUUAUUGGCUUCUCUUAUGGACUUAUCUUGAAGGCUGUGGUACGCCUCAAGUCUCAAGAUGCUACCUUCAAAGCUCUCAACACCUGCUCAGCCCACUUCUUUGUCAUCAUUGUCACUUACGUGCCUGCACUCUUUUCCUCCCUUAUUCACCGCAUUGGUCUCAAUAUCCCACCUCAAGCCCACAUUCUCCUUGCCAAUCUUUACCUUCUUCUACCCUCAAUGCUCAACCCCAUCAUCUAUGGUAUAAAUAUGAAGGAAAUACGAGGCAAGAUGGUCAAAUGUCUGUGCAGAGAACUUGCAGAGUCUGUGGGUCCACACAACAAACAGUGA